AUAUAAAAUAUAUAUAUCAAUAAUUUAUAGUUAAAAUAUACCUGCUGUUUACUCUAAUCAGCUUCUGAAUUCAGUUUUUUCUUCUGUUUGGGCCUAUUCUUGAGGAAUACUAUAAGGACAUUUGUACCAUGGGUUAACCACCCAUAAAUAAGAAAAUGCUGUUUGUUUUUAAAAAUAAAUCUAAGAAAAUAUAUAGGUCUGCAAGCAGAUAUACAAGAAGAAGAACAAGACUGCCAGUCUAUAAAAAUGAAUUUUAAUAUUACUUUUGAUUUAAAGAAGGAUGUGAAAAGAGUCCUUGUCCCUCAGAAACUUCAGCCUCCUUCAGAGGAAAUUUCCCUCCCGUUACCCUAUGCUGACUGUAGUAUGGAUAACUCUGCUACUCUGUGUUACUUAAACACUGUUCUCAGUAUCAGUACAUUUAAAUGAUUUGAAAAAAUUAGGCUCUAAAUUAGGCUCUUAUUUUCAAGGCUUUUAAAUUUUACUAUUUUUUUUUGGCCUUGAGGUAGUGUAUUGUUUUCAAUCAGAAGUACUCCUAAGCACCAGGAUCCCAUAGCUUAGAGGUAUAGAAGACAAAGGAGUACAGGACAGCUGAUCAGUAUUCAGCAUUUCUCCCAAAUCAAGACAAAUGUAUCCCCAUGAGCAAGAAAUCAAACAACAGUUGCAGAAGACCUACUGGGAUGAGCAGAGAGCUUCUAGCCAAUCUCAAACAGGAGAAAUUUAUGGAACAUGGAAAUGGAGAGAGGCUGUAUGGGUGGCGUAUAGGAAUAUAGUGGGCAUCCUGGAGAUAGAAGAUACAGAGAAGGUAGAGUAACUGAAUUACCUCUUGGCCUCAGACUUCACUGCUGAGGCUGUCCUUCAGUAAUCCUAGACCCUGGAGGCAAGAGAGGAAGACUGGUGAAAAGAAGACUUGCCCUUGGCCAUUGAGGGUUUGGUUAGAGGUCAGCUAGGCAGACAAAACCAGAAAUCCAUGGGCCCUGGUGGGAUGCACACACAGGUGCUGAGGGAGCUGGCAGAUGUUGCUGCUAAACCCACUGUACAUCUUCUUUGAAAAAUGAUGGAAGAGAGGUGCCUGAUGACUGGAGGAAAGCCAGUGGCACUCCCAUCUUCAAAACUGCCAGCAAAGAGGAUCUGGGAAGCUACUGGCCAGUCAGCCCCACCUCCAUCCCUGGAAAGGUAUUGGCACAGAUCACUCUGGAGGCUGUGACCAAGCACGUAAAAGAAGAGAAGGUCAUCAGGAGUAGUCAGGGUGGACUCACCAAAGGCAAAUAAUGUUUGACCAAUCUGAUGGCCUUCUGUGAUGGUGUGGCCGGAUGGGUUGUUGAGGUGAGAGCAGUGGAUGUUUUCUACCUGAGCUUCAGCAAGACUUUUGACACGGUCUCCCAUAAAAUCCUCAUAGAUAAGCUCAAGAAAUGUGGAUUAGAGGAAUGGACAGUGAAAUGGACCAAGAACUGGCUGAAGGCAGAGCUCCAACAGUCAUGAUCAGUGCAGCAGAGUCCAGCAGGAGGCCUGCAGUCAGUGGUAUUCCCAAGGGAUCAAUAUUAGGACCAAUCUUACUGAACUUACUUGUCAAUGACCUGGAGGAAGGGAUCAAAUGCACCCUCAGGAGGUUUGCUGGUGACACCAAACUGGGGGCAGUGUCUGAUCCACCUGAAAGCUCUGCUGCCAUUCAGUGGGACCUUGAUCAGCUGGAGGGUUGGGCAGAGAGAAACCUGAUGAGGCUCAACAAGGGGAAGUGCCAGGUCUUGCACCUGGGCAGGAACAGCCCCAAGUGGCAGCACAGGCUGGGGCUGACCUCCUACAGAGCAGCUCUGUGGAAAAGGACCUGGGACUCCUGGUGGAUCACAAGCUGUCCAUAAGCCAUCAGUGCCCCCGUGGCCAGGAGGGCCAAUGUCAUCCUGGGGUGCACUGGGAAGAGUGUGGCCAGCAGGUCGAGGGAGGUGAUCCUCCCCCUCUACUGAGCCCUGGUGAGGCCACAGCUGGAGUUCUGUGUCCAGUUCUGGGCUCCCCAGCACGAGAGAGACAAGGAGCUACUGGAGAGGGUCCAGUGGAGAGCCACAAGGAUGGUCAGGGGUCUGGAGCUUCUCUCUCAUGAGGAGAGACUCUGGGAGCUGGGACUGUUUGGUCUGGAGAAGACUGAGGGGGGAUCUCAUCAAUACAUAGGAAAUAUCUCAAAGAUGGGUGUCAGGAGGAUGGUGCCAGUCUCCUUUCAGUGGUGCCCGGCAACUGGUUUUAGUACAGUGACCAUAAACUAAAGCACAAGACAUUCUACCUCAACAUGAGGCAGAACUUCUUUAUACUGAGCGUGGCAGAGCAUUGAAACAGCUGCCUGUGGAGGCUGUGGAGUCACCCUCUUUGGAGACACUCAAAAUCCACCUGGAUGCAUUCUUGUGUCACCUGCUCUAGGUGACCCUGCUUUGGCAAGGGGCUUGGACUGGAUGAUCUUCAGAAGUCCUUGUCAACCCUAAUGACUGAAAGGGUGAUUCUGUGAUUCAGAAUCUGCUAUCUUAAGUAUUGCAUAUAAGCAGAGUGAGCAAAAGAAUAUAAUUUUAUGCAUAUAGAAGAAAUUUUAUGGUAAGUUUAUAUCUAUUUUUAUUUUAACUAAAGAAAAUGUGUGCAUCUUCCUUGGAUUUUAUUGCAAAAAUUUUGUUGGUGGUGUCAAAUUCUUCAGUGAAUAACCUAUCUCUCUCAAAUUAUUCACAACAAUCUAGGAAGAUGCAGCUUCCUGAAGUCUUUGCCCAGACACAUUUUUCCUUGUCCCAUAGGUUUUCCCAGUGUCUUUCUCCCUGUCCCAUGCUUUAGCAAUCUGAGGCUAUCAAUUACAUUCCCAAGAGAACUCCUCAGGCUGGGUCUGCAAUUGGAUACAGUGUCAAUUAGGCAGUACAUGUGUGCCAGUACCAUUCAGAGACAGAACCACCUAUUGUGUCCUGUGUAUGUACCUACAGCCAGGAGAAUGUGGUCCAAUACUUGUGAAAGGAUGCUCAUCAUAGCCCCACUGAAGACAUAAAAAAGCAUUCUAAAGUGUGAGCACCUUCAUUUUGGUUGCCGUAUAAAACUUAAUGCUGUUCUUAGUUCUGUUGCCAGAACACAGAAAAUAAACAGAGAAAUGUUAAGAGGAAAAAAAUGAAUGGAGAAACAAACAGUGCAACAGAGGUCUUGAAAUACAGGGCAGUUAAUGAUGAAGAGUAACUAUAGUCAGAGGUACAAAACCAAACAAACCUAUUGCCUAUUCUUUCAUCUCAUACCUUGUUAAGAGACUCUUGGUUUCACAAUUAGAAAUUUCCCAUGAGGCCUGUAUGUGAUCUGCUUCCCUGAAACUCAGUAAAACAAAGACCACAGAUGGCCUUCUUUGAUAAGUACAAUUAUUGGAGAAUAAACUGCAUAGUGAUAAUUCAUUAGUUCUGAAGUCUUCAUAUGGGGUCUGUGAAAGAUAUGUCUGGAUACAAGUUUGUCUACAUUGGACGUGUUUUGAAAAUUACAAGAUAUUGAAUUGGAUCGUAUAUAUAAAAUCCAUUUAAAUUAUUUGAUCAUCAGUCAUGGUAUGAUGAGUCUAUUUAGCUCAACAGACAGAAAGUAAUUUAAGCACUGCCCAAGAAUUAUUUUUAGUCAUCAACUGGCAGCAUAGAUAAUGUCCAUUAAUGACUGAAUAAACUCCAGCUUUGAAACAAAUGAAUACCAUUUUGCAUUUGCAUAGCACUCAUCAUCUAUAGAUCUGACAGUUUUAAAAGGAUUGGCAAACAUUCACAGUGACUAUUUCUAGUGAAAACAGAAUGUCCUGAAUAAACUGCUCCUAUGAAGGCAAACUAAAGCCUGCUUGGAAGACACUGCUGCAUAUAGUUUUCAGAUUUAAUAACUAGAAAACAGUGAAAACAUUUUAUGCUUAUAUGAAAAGGUAAUCAGGCAGGAAAACAAGUUUUUAGAAAAGAAACAACAUUGGGGUUUUUUUGUAGAAAGCUGAGAUUAGGUCUAUUUAGAACAUAAUGAUUAUGUGCCCAGUCCAAUGCCUGUAGUCAAUUAUUAGUCUGUGCAGCCAACGUCACCACAAAAAGACUUGCAAAUGCCUGGUAUUUUUAACUUCAGAAUGACUAUCUGAGCUUGUUAUCUGAGCUGAGAUGCGUUCCUGUUAUGCAUGUAGGCUCUUGCCUAAGCAGAGAGGCUAAGGAGAGACCUGCUAUGGUUAUAUAGGCAGCCGCCUUCAAAACAGAUUAUGGUAGUGUUUAGAUACUGAACAAACCAUGCCCAGAUGUACCAUGUCCCAUAUCUUACCAGCUUUGCCUCUUGGAAAGCAGCCAUAGCAUAUAGGCAUGAAGCAACAGUGUUAGACUUUCUUAGCAGAACCAGGCACACUGCUUUUUGAUCUCAUCAGUUCUUCAGUAACACCAUCCUGACCCCAGGAAUUAGAACUGGCUUGACCUAGAAGUGAAGAGAGCUCUUUUAUCAGCCUUUGGGUUGCAGAGCAGCUUGCAGAGGGACUUGCUGACACCACUUUGCUUCAGUCUUCUGAAGUCUUCUACCCUUCUGUAAAUAAUUGUGCAUUUACAUCUGAAGGUCCCAAAGGCCUCUCUUCUUGCUGUAUGUUACAGGACAGAACACAUGUUCUGUAUGUACCAGGAGUGGAUUCUGAUCUCAAAGAGGUUUUUUUCAUUGCCAAUGCACAACAAUGUAACCUUAGCAGCAAAACAUCUCUACAUAUAUAUCAAUAUGAUGAUUUUUAUACAUUCCUUGCUAACAGUUACUCUGCAGGAAUAACCCAGGCCAGUUUAGUUUACAUAGUCUGGGAAGUCAAAUCAUUCCAGUUUUACAAUUUACUGAAUUUUUAUCUGUGCAUUAUCAGAGACAUCCUUAGAUGACCUGCAAAUAUGUAUCUUGCUUCAAAAAGCCAAAUUUCAUGUAUGAAAGGCAUUGCCAAAUGCGUUUGAUUCUCUGCAGCAACAUAACACAAUACAACACAAUACAAUACAGUACAAUACAAUACAAUAUAAUACAAUAUAAUACAAUAUAAUACAAUAUAAUACAAUAUAAUACAAUAUAAUACAUAGGUCUGAAUAUCAGCCCAGUCUUUGGGCUUUUCAGCAACUAAAACAGAGAGAAAAAGAAGGAAAACUCAAAAUUUAAUGUUCUUGUCAUUUCUGAAUAGUUUUGACUGACUGUUACCAGUACAUAGGUAUUUUAGCUACAUAGGUCAACUGCUUCAGUUGAAAUAAUUGGUGAACACAAAUACAAUGUGUAGAUUCAAAGUGCAGCUCUAGGCAAGAAAUUAAUUCCCUGAAAAUUAAAGUCAAGUAAUAUCAUACAUCUAGUACACAUAAUUUUUCAAGAAUAAUAAAAACUUUAGAGUCUACUGACAGAGUUUCAUAGAAACAGGAGUGUGAAGAUUAGUGCACCUAAAUGGCAAAUUAUCUGAAGCAGAAUUUCUUUUGAUAUUAGGAUCCCUGUUUGCAAUGUUUAUUGAAAAUAACUUUUUCUUCUCCCAAAACUUUUCUCCAUACGCUGUUCUAGUAGAUUAUUUUUUCUUACAUGCUGCAUAGCAUGAUAAUUAUGAUAAUUGAUGCAAAGAUGUUUCUAUUUUAAGGCCUAGUAGUCUUUAGGUAUUUCUGUUGAGAUUUUGAUAGCUGGAAUCAUAAAUAUCUAUUUUUAACAUGUUUUUUUAAAUAUUCAUUUAUCACUAUCACUUUAUAGGAUGUCUGGGGUGGCUUUGGUGCCUGAAGAGGAUGUGGCACUGUAGGAUAAUCUUUGAAAACCCAGGAAGCAGAGUUUCUUCACCUUGGGACUUUUUGCUCUGUGCUGGUGACACGUUUGCACUCGAGCUGCAAACCUGCUGUGAGGAAGAUGAAGAGAGGACUAGUGCUUCCUGAUUGAUUUCUUUGACUGUCUGAGCAGCAGUCUGUUAGUCAUGCAGUCAGGUCAUAUCCCAAAUCUGAAAGUCCAAAGUUAGACUUAAAUUUUGAAAACACAGUCUUCAGAUUGAGCUUACCGUUUCAGCAAACUUUAAUCAGCUUGCCUUUUCCUAUUGUAAUUAAAUAACACUGUCCCUGUUUUGACAGUCUUUGGCUGUAUGGAAUGGAAAGUCAAAAUAAACAAUGGAGACCACACUGAACAUUCUAAUACACAACUUCAAAUGUUUACUUAAUUCCUCAGCCUAAACUAGACACCUUAUCCAAAUAUUUCCUCCUGUUGACUCCUUCUGUCCUCCACAACACCCUGAGUUACUAGAUUAUAGAUAGGAGCUUCUAAUACACAUAACUCAGAUUGAAAGCAGAGUUUCAUUAGCACAAACUUCCCUAUCAUAAUUGUAAUCUACAGUAAAUGAAUGCAAUUAGCCCCACCAGCAUCUCCCCUGAGCCCUCCUCUCCUCUGCCAUAAUCUCUUGUAUAAAGCUAGCAUACUACAUUCACUGCAAUAGCAGCAGGUCUACAGGGAAGCCCUUUCCAGGAUCAUGUCACUGCUUCUCCUUCAGAUGUUAGUAUUUUCAUGUCUUGGAGCCACAGAGCUACAGAGAAAUUCACAGCAAAGGAGAAGCAGAAGACCAUUUCAGCACUUCCUCUACCUGAACAAAAAUCUCUUUGAAAGCCAAAGUUCUCCUGAGCUGGUAAGCGAGAACCCAGUAGGAGUUGAAGAGACCCUGAAAGUACCAAGCUUUUUUGUAUCAAUUCCACAGACAGCAUCUGGAAGUGAGAAGAAAGAGGAAAAAAAAAUGUCCAGAUUCAUACUUCCCAGUGCAGGACUCCAUGCAGACCAAAACCUGAGAACAUGGGUUGCAUCCAGAGAGACCUCUCCUGUGGAAAACCUCUCUCCACCCCAUUAUUCCAGCAAGAGAGAGUCUGAAUUUCCCUACAGAAAAGAUGCCAAGAAAUUCUGGGACCAUUUCAUGUUAAAGAAAAAUUCAGCAUCUGAAGAGGUUGUCCUGCCAAUCAAGACCAAUGAAAUGCACCAAGAAAACUGCAGAACCCUGCCUUUCGCCCAGGGUGUUACUCACAACAGCUGUGAGAAGGUGACAGUACAGAAUAAUCUGUGUUUUGGAAAAUGUAGUUCUUUUCAUGUUCCUGGUUCAGAAGAUCACCUUUAUACCUUUUGUUCUCGUUGCCUGCCCAGCAAGUUCUCCAUGAAGCGCCUGGAUCUCAACUGCACUGAUUCUGUUCCAGUGGUCAAAGAAAUCAUGAUUGUAGAAGAGUGUAAAUGUGAAAGUCGGAAGAUUAAAGACCCUGUGAUUGGAUCUCUGCUGUCAGACUUGUAUGAAAAUGUACAUGAGCACAAUUAACUUGUGCAAAGUACCUCUUAAUUGAUCAUAAGAAUUUACAAUGAAAAAAUUCAAACAAGUUGUCAUCACUCUAGUACAAAAAACUAUUAAAAAUGUAUAUUUUCUACAUGGUCUCUGUUUCAACAAUAACUUUACCUAAAGUGUAACAAAUGUUUCCUUGCAGCUGUUAAACAAAAUUAGGUGAAAUUGUUUGGCUUAUGUGUAAAGGUCUUACUUUAACAAGGGAAAACUUUAAAAAUCUUCCACCCUUCCUAUCAUUGUUUCUAGGCUGCUAGUAAACAAAGACUGAAUUAACAUGAUUUAUCUGUGCAAAACCUGAAUGUUGACUAGUUUUUCUUGCCUUUGCUUGUGAGGAGUGCCAAUAUAGCUGUAUUAGCAACAAAAAUGAGAUUUUAGCCUGUUCCCUACAAAAACAGUCUACUUUUACAGCAAGAUAAUGACUUGGGGAGUGUAAAACAUAAAUGGACAUGAGUUACAUAGAAAUCUGUGACUAGUUAAUGUCUGUGACUAGUUAAAUCUGUGACUAGUUGAUCUCAGUUGGAGUUCAGUUCUCAUUGAAAACUAAUAUACCACACAAUUUACACCAAUAGAUAAUGGGAAGGGGUAUUUUGCCAUAGAAAUCACUUGCGCUCUUUUUCACAUGCCUGCAUUCACCCUCUACCUUUAUUUUUAUUUAAAGUGUUCAACUGCAGAAGGAGGAAAAAAAAUAUAAAAUGCCACACUCUUACAGAAAACAUCACAGGCAAAUACACUGUUCUUAUUUAAAUUCACUAGUAUUUAAAUUAUUUAAAGACAAUGCACAUUUUCUAGUCCGAUAAAUAUUUACAUUGUCACUGAAUCUAAGAUAAAAUUUAAAUAAUAUUCUCAACUCUUAAACUAAAGCAGAAAAGGCAUUUGUGUGACUGCAAGUCUGAGAAUUACUUUAUCAUUAUAGCAAUACCUUAACAACUUUACAGGAAAAGCUGAGAGAGCCCUGCUAGGAAGCAUUGGAGUCUACUGCUGAGCAACACAGCACUAGAGAUUAUUAGCUGAACUGCUGGCUUUCUGGCUCUCUCCAGCUGCUUCUCCCUAGAUUUCUCCUGCAGACCUGGCACACCAGAUAGAGAUCAGCUUCCAGCAGAAGAGUUCAGCAUAUCUCUAUGCCAUUUUUUUCAGUCCUCUGAAAAUCUGCUCUCAGACCUGGGCCACUGUUGUUAAACUGUCCAAGCUCUUUUUUAUGGUACUGGAAAUCACUAUUGACUUAGCAUAUUCAAGGUCAAAUUCAAGGGCUGGGGUAAAUGAUUCCUUAUAUUUGAACUGCAGUAGAAUUAGAAGUAUCUUAAUAUUCUUUCAGAAAACAUGUACAGCAUGUCUUUGGAGUCCAAGGCCCAUGUUGAAUAUUUACUAAAAAUUGCAUCUGAAUCAUAUUCUGAUACUGGGUGUGAAGCUGUUUGCUUUCCAGGCCACUUGCAGUGAAUAAAGUAAAGACUCGUAUAUAGUUACCUUUCCCUACAUAUAAACCUGUUUUUAGAUAAUAAAAAUUGAGCACUAAAACUCAA